GCAGCCAAAGGAUUUUUUAACUUAGACGCGGAACUGCUAUACCACCACCUAUUUUUAUUCUAUUUUUUAUUUUUUUUUUUCUGUCGGAUUUCAGUUCGUCGGCUCUUCACGUUCUUUACCCGCUUUUAGAAUUGUUGUUAUUCCCCCCUCCUUUUUCCCCUCUUUCCCUGUCUCUCACACGGUGUGUUUUGGUAUUGGUCGCAGGAGCGCCAGUCGAUCCUUGCCUUCCGUUCGGUCUCCACGUUUUUUUUCGCGUUUCCUUGAACGAAAAAGUCAUUUAUCGUUUUUGAAUUCUGCAACCAUGAAUUCUUCACCUAUUAAAGGCAUUCGACGUAAGAAAUCCUUGCUCAGUGAAAUCAAAGUGUUGGUUGUUGGAGGCCCCAGUGUCGGCAAAUCAGCUCUGACCGUGAGGUACUUAACCAAGCGUUACAUCGGCGAGUACGAUCACCAUUCGGAGAAUCGAUACAAGCACGAGGCCAUGGUCAAUGGCGAGCCAGUCCUGUUCGAAAUCCUCGACUCGUGUCCCAAGUCGGACAAGGAUCUCCUGGCGGUGGAUUCGAUCCAGUGGGCUGAUGGGUUCCUCCUCGUCUAUUCGAUACUGGACAAGGCCAGCUUCGACUACAUCCAACGAUUCAAGCGGCACGUCCUCGAGAUCCGCAACAUCGGCACCAACCACAGUAAAGCUGACCAACAACCGGCCACUGCCAGUAACACCAUUCCAUGUGUCUUGGUGGGUAACAAGGCAGAUAUGGUUCACCUCAGACAGGUGCCCACACAUGAAGGUGAACAAUUGGCUAAGGAAAUGGAAUGUUACUUUGCCGAAGUGGCUGCUGCAGAACAGGUAUCGAGUAUUGCGGAUGCCUUUGUCGAAUUGGGACGAGAAGUUCAUUCCGCUCGACGGCGGUCGAAACCUCCAAUAUCCUCCUCUUCAACACACUCAACCCCGUCACUUUUUGACCGUAUGCUUGGUAGCCGAUCUUCAGCUUCGAUUGGUUCUAUCCGGGCAUAUGCCCGUGGAAAAUCUGAUUCGGCUCUGCCGAAAGAUUAACGGCAGGCAAAACAAUUGUUUAAAAGAAUUAUAUGCCCAAUGGUCCCUCUAAAUGGUCUUGGAGAUCAUUGGAAUUUUACAGAGUUGUAUGUGAAACUCUUUUUUUUUUUGGGCUUUAUUUUUUAUUUCGUUUUCUAUACAGAUAAGUCGUAUGGCAAAAACAAAAAACUAGACCCAUUGGUCUCAGUAAGAUUUUCCUUGCUAGAUGGCAUUGUUUUCUGAUGAUAUUUAUUUUGGCCGGUAGAUGACUUCAUACGAAAUGCCAGCUUUAUUAAUAUUAAAAAUAAUUGAGUGAAUUAAUCGUUUUAUUAACAAAAUGUGCUUGUUGAUAAUUUUCGUAUAUUUUAUGAAACAAAUUUAUCCAAAUUUGGUAAAUAAAAGAAUGUCUGGAAGUGGAAUAUGGCAAUGCAGCGAGAGAUGUCCGUUAUUCUCAAAUUCAAACCGCAUUCAAUACAGGGCGCUGUUCAGUUUU